AUGCCAAGGGUACAUGGUAGAAGAAAGAAAACAAGAACUCACCGUGAUGAAGAUGCAGAGGAAGAAUUGAAAUCUAUUCCAAAGUGUUUUGUCUUAAGACGUGGGAAAGUAAUGCAAUCAGUAAAACAACUCAUCAUAGAUUUGAGAUAUUUAAUGUCUCCAUGGAGUUCUUUGAGGCUAAAGGAGCAGAGAGCUAACAAAUUGAAAGAUUUUAUAAGUAUUGCUGGCCCUUUAGGAAUAUCCCAUAUGUUAAUUCUCAGUCAAACUAAUAGUAGUUUAUAUCUACGCCUAGUAGUGUUGCCUGCAGGUCCAACUCUUACAUUUUGUAUUGAGAACUUUUGCUUAAUGCAUGAUGUUAGGUCUUCACAGAAAAGACCACGUUCUUGCAAAACUGACUACUUGGUUUCUCCUUUACUAGUUAUGAAUGGAUUGAAGAAUAUGGAUAUUAAAGGAACUUCAUUGGAUUUAGUUCAAGCUACUAUUAUUGGUAUGUUUCCCGCAAUAGAUUUGGCUAAGACUCAGAUAAGAUCCUGUAGAAGGGUGGUUCUUAUAGAUUAUGAUAAGGAUAUGGAUAAAUUUGAGCUGAGGCACUAUGCAAUAAUUAGAUAUCCAGCCGGUGUUUCAAGAGCAGUGAAAAGGUUAUUGCUUCAAACAUCAGCUUUUAAAUUACAAAGUAUUGGAAGAAGUGCUGAUAUUGCCGAUUAUAUUUUAUCUAACAAUACAGGUAGCAGUUUUGAUAGCGAGGUGGAAGAUGCAGUAGAAAUUUCAAUACCAAAGAAAGAAACUGUAUUUGUUAAUAAGGAGAAGAUUGGUCUAUCAGAGAAAGGAGGAAGUUUAACUGGAAAGGUAUCAGUAAGUUUAAAGGAGUUAGGGCCAAGAAUUACAAUGAAGCUAGUUAAAAUAGUUGAUGAAGUUUGUGAGGGGGCUGUAUUGUAUCAUAGAUUUGUAAAGAAAACUCAGCAAGAGCUUGAUGAGUUAGCUUUUAAGGAAGGGGGUCUAAAGAAAAAACGAAGAGACCUUCGAGAAGCUAUUCUAAGGGAAAGUACCGAACAAAAUACUGAAACAUUAUAUAAUACUUCAAAAUGUACUGAUAAAGAUAACUUCGAGAUAGAUAGUCAUUCCUUACUAGGUAUGAGUAAAGAAAAAGAUGAUACUCACAAUAGUGAAUUAGGCACUCAAAAUCAAGAUCUAUCCCAGAUCAAAGAUAAAAGUAAACAUAUCAAUAUUAGUAAACAUGUAGAAUUUACUUAA